AUGGUUACCUCCUUCAUUAGAAAGGUGAUACCAGGGCCAAAGAGAUGGUUUAUCAAGGCUGAAGAGAUAGCUCAGCUGAAGCCUCAGGACUCUCGCUGGGUACAGAAGAGGCAGAGUGGGAGUCAGAGCUCGGAUUGCACCUGCGGCCAGAGCCACAGGCAGAGCAGUGGAAGGCGAAAGCAACAGGAGUGCCAGCUUGAACAGGAGCAGCGCAACCCGGGGUCAGAUUCGGAAGGAGACUGGUUGCAGAAGUCUAGGAGGCGAAGCCAGAGCAGCGUUCGGACACCUCGGUGGCACUCAAAGGACCGGUCCUCACACUCUGACUGGGGAGAGACAUAAGGCUCCCGGGCCUAGAAGGGUUCCAGGCGCUCUCGGUCCCCAGAGUCAUCAGAAUCUAGCUGGGACUCCCCAAGACGCUCCUGGAGUCCAGAGGAAGCAGCCAUGGCCCCGAGGCAGCAGCACAGCCUGCAGGAACGACUGUGGCUUCCUGAGGAGCACAAGCUGCAAAAAGAGCUGCUCAAGGCCCUGGAGACACCCGAGGAGAAGCGCGCACGAAGACUGGCCAAGAAGGAAGCUAAGGAGCUCAAGAAGAGCCAGAGGAUGGGCUGGGGCGAGGAUCACGUGGGCUACAGCAACAGCGACAACCCCUUUGGAGACAACAACCUGCUGGGCACCUUCAUCUGGAAGCAGGCCUUGGAGAAGAAAGGCAUCAGCCACCUGGCCGACCAGGAGCUGAAGGAGCACAGCAAGAGGAUCCGGGAGGAGAACCGGCUGGAGCUGCACAAGGUCAAAAGGCUGCGGCUAGAGCGGGAACGCGAGCGAGCCAGGCGGGAGCAGGAGCUGGAGUUGCUGCAGCGGGAGAAGGAGGCAGAGCACCUUCAGACCUGGGAGGAGCAGGAGCACAGCUUCUGCUUGCAGCAGGCCAAGCUUCGCUCCCAGAUCCGAAUCCGAGCGGGGCGGCCCAAGCCCAUCGACCUGCUGACCAGGUACAUCAGUGCAGAGGAGGACUCGGACCUGGACGUGGGGAUGCACGAACCCUGCACCUACCUCAACGGCCUCACGGUGGCAGACUUGGAGGACCUGCUAGAAGACAUCCAGGUGUCCAUGGACCUGGAGCAGGGCAAGAACGUGGACUUCUGGCGGGACAUGACCACCAUCACAGAGGAUGAGAUCGCCAAGCUCCGCAAGCUGGAGGCCUCUGGCCAGGGCCCAGGCGAGCGCCGCCGGGAGACAGUCCACGCAGCGGUCAGCUCCGACGUGCAGGCGGUGUUCAAGGGAAAGACCUACAGCCAGCUGCGGGCCAUCUUCCAGGCCAUCGAGCGCAAGGUCCGUGCCGGCGGCCCCGGCCUCGACACGGGCUACUGGGAGAGCCUGCUGCAGCCCUUGUGUGCACGCAUGGCCAGGGCCAGGCUCCGUGAGCGCCAUCGAGAUGUUCUUAGACGGAAGCUGUGCCGGCUGAAGCAGGAGCAGGGCGUGGAGAGCGAGCCCCUGUUCCCAGUCCUCAAGCCAGAGCCCAAGGCCACCCCCAGCCCCGAACCUGAAGAGCGGGCCCCCAGCCCCGGGGCUUCAGUGACCCCAGCACCGGGGGAGGCAGAUGGCGAGGCCGUGGCGCUGGAGGAGGAGCUGAUCCAGCAGAGUCUGGCCGACUUUGAUGCUGGCCGCUACAGCCCGCAGCUGCUCAAGGCGCAUGAGCUGCCGGCGGGCGCGCAGGUGCUGGAGCCGCAGGAGGACCUGCAGCGCCUGCAGCAGUCCCGCCAGCAGCUUCGGGCCCCAGGGGACGCGAGCGAGAACUCAGAGGACACCUUCCUCCAGCGCGCCAGGGAGGGCAUGGGGCGGGACGAGGCGCACUUCAGCCUGGAGGUGCCACUGCCUGGCCGCGCCUACCUGUGGUCCGACAAGUUCAGGCCGCGCAAGCCGCGCUUUUUCAACCGCGUGCACACGGGCUUCGAGUGGAACAAGUACAACCAGACGCACUACGACUCGGACAACCCUCCGCCCAAGAUCGUGCAGGGCUACAGAUUCAACAUCUUCUACCCGGACCUCAUCGCGAAGCGCGCCACGCCCGAGUACUUCCUGGAGGCCUGCGAGGACAACCCGGACUUUGCCAUCCUGCGCUUCCACGCGGGCCCGCCCUACGAGGACAUCGCCUUCAAGAUCGUCAGCCGCGAGUGGGACUACUCACACCGCCACGGCUUCCGCUGCCAGUUCGCCAACGCAAUCUUCCAGCUCUGGUUCCAGUUCAAGCGCUACCGCUACCGCCGGUGA